ACGACGGGUUCAGUGUUCACGUUCUGCAGUGACACAGUGCAUGCAAACUUGGUGUCAAACUAAAAUCAGUUAUUAAAUAUGGUGAACAGAUCUUUGAGAAAAUGGAUAACCAGAGGAGUUUGGUUCACGGUGAUUUUCGUUCUUUUCUUUUUUGUUAUGGAUAGGUUCGAACGUUCACCACACAAUCCAGAACUCGAAUCGUUUGAUUCAAAGAGCUCUGUUGAAACUUUAUUAAGACAAAGCUCUGCACUCGAUUACACGGAUUACACUGUCCGGCGACUAGGCCUGAAACCCAUACCCUUUGUUGAUCCUCUGCAAGCAGACAUCAAUGAGCCAGUCAUUAACGACGUGCUAUCUUUUCAGUACCCUAUUGACAUUGAUCACAAAGAAAAACCAAAGUGUCGACACUGGGCGAACGCGUCACUGGAUUCUACUAAUACCGAUGCUAACUUGAAUCAGACUUUACUGAUUGUGGUGAUCUCAGCUGUCGAGAAUUUCGCCAGAAGAGAUUUGAUUCGUCAAACGUGGGCUAGCCCACAUUUCGUGGACGUGGAAUGGAUUGAAAUCAUUUUUCUGGUCGGGACGACUCUUUUUGAGAAUCAAACCAUUCAGGAUCGGCUGCAGAAGGAAAAUGUCGAAUACGAAGAUUUGGUACAAGUGAAUGUCGUCGAUUCUUACGCGAAUUUAACGUUAAAGAGUAUCGCUCUGCUUCACUGGGCUCACGGUCAUUGCCCUGGUGCCCAACUAGUUUUCAAGUGCGAUGACGAUAAUUACAUCAACUGGAACGUCUUGUCGAAAAUCCUUCCAAAUCUCAACGAUACCAGGAGUAUAUACGGAACGCCCGUCCCUACUCUAUAUGCUGAACGAUGGAAAAAACAGAAACAUUACGUUAGUCGUCGAUUAUGGCCUUGGCCACGUUAUCCCAACUACCUACUAGGCGGCUGCUAUGCCAUCGCUGGGCAAGCCGUGAAAUCUCUCCUGGCAGCUACUCAAACCACACCUCUUUUUUGGAUAGAAGAUAUUUAUUUGACUGGCCUGUGCGCAAGCAAAGUGAACGUUAGUCUUCAAUCCCAACCAAAGUACUAUUAUCCAGAUUUCCCGGAAAAAGGUCAAUUAAAUGCUUGUUUCGUUCGCACAACUGCUAUCUGGCAGACUCGUUCUUCAAAACAUUUGGCCAAAUCACAUAAGAUUACUAGUAAAGUCUAUAGUCAUGAACUUCCUUGUAUUCCAAAGGGUAGUAGACCUGUGUCCAAGUGCUUUUGGGGAAUAUUUUGCUGAUGAUUUCGCUUAAAUCAAUCAAUGCUUAGCCAAUGCUGCCACCAAAUAUUUAAAUACGACCAUUUUUGCCACCACACUUAUUUCCCUACCUUGCACUAGCUAGGUCGACUGGAUUGAAUUUACUGUUGCUGUUAUCCUCAAAUCAUUAUUGAAAAUGAUUAUGAUGGAAAGAUUUUGAAAUACAUCCAAGUUUUUAAA